GCCCCUCUUCUCUUCUUUCAAGUCAAAAGCAAUGCUCUGCUCCCGCCUCCCAAGAUCACCCUCCUCCUCCUUAGGAAUAGGAAUAGGAGGAUUAAUAUUCUUAUCCAAAUACAGAUGCAAGCGGUUGAUAUCUACGACAGCAGCUCCAGACCUGGUUUGUUUGCUAAAGCGGUGCUCUGACCUCAACCACAUAUUCCAAACCCACGGCUACAUGGUUCUCAGAGGCCUUGACCAGGACAACCUCCUCCUCAGCCGAUUCAUUUCCGCCACAUCCUCUUUGGGCUUCUCCGAUUACGCUUAUUCAGUCUUCACCCACAAAACACAACCUGACAUAUAUCUCUAUAACACCAUGAUCAAGGCUCUCUCUCAGAGUCACACUCACUCUGCUAAAGAGGCCAUCUUUCUCUAUAACAGAAUUCGAUUCGCCGGCUUACGACCCGACACUUACUCUUUCCCUUUUGUACUCAAGGCCGUUGUUCGACUAUCCGCGGUUAAAUUCGGAACUGUUAUUCACUCUCAAACUAUAGCCACUGGGUUGGACUCCCAUGUUAAUGUGGUCAUCGCUCUGACUCAAAUGUAUUCCUCCUGUGGAUGUGUUCCCGACGCCCGUAGACUGUUCGACGGGGUGAGAUUUAGAGAUGUCGCCCUGUGGAAUGCAAUGGUUGCAGGUUAUGCCAAGCUUGGUGAUCUAGACACUGCGCGGGAGUUGUUCGACCGCAUGCCUGAAAGGGAUGUGAUUUCUUGGACUGCCGUCAUUGCUGGGUAUGCUCAGAUGUCCCUGCCUGACGAAGCCAUCUCGCUCUUCCGCAGAAUGCAACUUGAGGAUGUGGAGCCUGAUGAAAUCGCAAUGUUGGCUGUACUCUCUGCAUGUGCCCAGUUGGGGGCCCUCGAGCUAGGGGAAUGGAUUCAUAACUACAUAGAAAAACACGGGUUAUACAAGAUUAUUCCUCUUAACAAUGCACUCAUUGACAUGUACGCAAAAUCGGGCAACAUUACGAAAGCACUAGAUGUUUUUCAAAGUAUGAAGCAUACAAGUGUCGUAACUUGGACAACGAUUAUUGCUGGACUGGCUCUGCAUGGACUUGGAACAGAAGCUCUUGAUAUGUUUUCUCGCAUGGAAAGGGCUAGAGUUAAGCCAAAUGAAAUCACUUUCAUCGCCAUCCUUUCUGCUUGCAGCCAUGCUGGAUUGGUCGAAGUGGGGCGCUGGUAUUUCAACGACAUGAGAUCAAGGUAUGGCGUUGAACCACAAAUUGAACACUAUGGCUGCAUGAUCGAUUUACUAGGUCGAGCCGGUUACCUCCAAGAGGCGCGAGAACUAGUUAGGCAGAUGCCAUUUGAACCAAAUGCUGCUAUAUGGGGCUCUCUUCUUGCUGCCUCUAACAUUCACGGUGCUGCCGAUCUUGGAGAGCAUGCUUUGCGGCAUCUAUUAAAUUUGGAGCCGCAUAACAGUGGAAACUAUGCACUUUUAUCUAACAUAUAUGCUGCUCUUGGUCGGUGGAAUGACUCUGGGAUGGUAAGGAAGGUGAUGAGAGACACGGAUGUAAAGAAGAUGCCAGGUGGGAGUUUCAUUGAAGUGAACAAUAGGGUUCAUGAAUUCAUUGCAGGAGAUAAAUCACAUCCGCAGUUCGAUAGGUUAUAUGAAGUUCUAUGUACGAUAAAUGGACAUUCGAAGAUGGUUGGGCAUGUGCAAAAAAGUUGGGAGCCAUUUUCAUAUUGUAAGAUGUACUACGUGACGUUCUAGACAUCGUGGUCAUGAAGAAAGCUUCAGUGCAUCAGCAUGUUUUUGCCAGCCAUUUCAUCAACAAAGCAGAUUUAUCAUUGCAUCUUCCCUCUCGUUCCUUUUUUCCUGCUUUUGAAAAUUUCACCUCAGUGGUCAUAUCAAGUUGCACAAGAUCAAAAUGGAUAUAAGACGAAGCAACAUUAAGCAUCAGCCACCAUGAAGCUUGGAAAUGGCAAUUCUAGCCAAUAACCAGGUAAUGCACCCUACUUAUUAGUUCUUGGUGGAAAUGUCUUUAUUAUCAUUUUGUUUUUUUUGGGCGCUGAGUACUGUCAUUGAAUUGUGAUUACUCACAGCCGUAUUGGAUGUUAUUUGAUGCACCAAAAUGCUUAUUCAUAGGUUAUAAUCUAUUAAAUUGUU